AGCCUAGCCCCGGGAGAGACUGAAGCUUCAGAGGAGAAACAACGGUGAGCUUUGUUUCACUUCUCUGUCUUUGGGAUGCUUUUAAGGAAGAAUAGAUUAUCUCCUUUGAGUCUUGAUUCAUAUUUUAUGGAUGAUAAUUACUACAGUUUUGAUGUUUUAUUUCUUUGCAGGGACUGGGAUGGAGUUGGGUCUUGUGCUGUUGCUGGUUUUGACCUUAAUGGGAUGCACAUCAGCAGCACCAUCAGAGACUGAUCAGUACAGCAGAGCCGUGGUGAGUGUAAAAAGUUAAAUUACUGUUCGGAGCUUCUCCUGGUUUUUCACAUUUCAGUUGAAUUGUUUGGUUAGCUGUGGGUAAAAUUACAAUAUUUAUCUCACUUGUAUUGUCUUAUGACAUUUUCAUGUGAGGCUUUCUCAGACAAACAUGAAGUAAACAUAAAACUGAAUUUAGUACAGCAGCUAGUAUACAUAGAGUGGUGUCGAUAUGAGUCAUGAAUUUAAAAAAAUUAAGCAAUUGCAUUCAUGUACUUGUUUGCCUUUUAUAAGAUUCACACAAUCAAUUAAUCCAUGUGAAGAGGUUGGAGGUUGUUAAAUAUUUUCAAUCACAAACAUUAACACAUUUCAAAGAUCUCAAGACUUCCUCUGCCCAGUCACGCACAUCCUCAAAAAUACAGAAAUGUUGCUUUUCUGCAGAGGAGUGCAGUGGUCUUGAAAGUAUGAGAAUGAAGUUUCAUUUCUGCCUCUACAGAAGACGUCAUCUUUCGUACACCUCCACUCCAAUGCUGUGGAUGCACAUGCAUGAAAGUCGAAAUAGAGUUAGUUUUCAAAAUGAAAUAACACAUGAAUUCAGAGUAAUUCAAAGUAGGAUGAGUGUAGUAUCUUUAAAAUGUGAAAAGUAGUCCACUGUUGCAAACAGAAACAUGAGUAAAACAUGUAGCAGCUGCUAGUAUUAUUUUUGCAGUGUGAAACCACCUGAAAGACAUCUGUUGAUGGGCCAACACCUUUUCCUCCCGUAUCUGCAGCAGCAGCAUAACCGUAGUAGAGAAAGUAUGAGUGGAAGGGCUGGUUUCGAAAUCACUUCAAAGUAACAGAUUUAACUGAUUGUAACAGUGAUAAAUUCUCAGCAGAAAAAUACAACAGACACGUGCAAGCUGUACCAACCCAGUUAUUGUGAACUAGCUUACGCUCUGCAAUCAUCAAAUAUGCUCUGCCUUUAUCUCAACAAGCCACUCACUCAGCAUGGACAGGAACAUAUAAUAUUAAUAAGAAAAAAAAACUAGCUGACAAACUGCUGUGUUAGAAACGCUCUGUCUAUGAUCUAUAGAAACGUGAAGCAUCAAAUAGCCGCCAUGACAUCACCAUGGCUGGAAAUGUUUGUGCCUAGAAACGAGGGAGAUCAAUAAUGGUAAUACUGUCAGUUCUGAAGAAGUCCUUUCCCACUGAAUGAUGUAUGACACUAAAAAUUGUGCAAAAACUUCCUUUUUUUGAAGUAAGCAUAAAAGCUCACACACUGCUAAGUUCCUCAAAAGAGACAUCAUUUCCUGCAUUGUUUUAGCUACUAUUCAGGAUGUGAUUUAGUCACCAUUACUAUAAGAUUGUCCUUUUGGGCUCUGCACUGGGUCCAAACUCAUUUUAAGAACCUUUUUGACAUUACUGUAGCUUUUCUGAGAUCAUUGCACCACACACCUGAGAUUGCUCUGCAGAACUUAAAAGAAAGAUCACUGAAACUUUUUCUAAACUUCUGUGUAUUUGCAUAAUUUCCUCUAUUUGCGUAAAUUCGCUGUUAUUGUUUUGCAAGUGCUUCUGUAAUGUGUAAGGUUUCUAUAAUGUACCUGUUCCUGUCGGUAUCUGCCUCUGUUAGUACAGGGAAAACUCAAGAGAAUCAGGAUAACAUGGGGGCAAUUGAACCAGGGACACUAGUACACGCCAGAUUUACAUGACAGAUUUCUAAAUGCUUUACAAUCCUUUUUACAAACACUCGUGUUGUGCCACAAAUCAAAAAGUUGGUCCCCUUUUUCUGACAGAUAUUUGACAUUUACUUUGCAUUUACUUCGCCUGUGAUGGAUGUGUUUGUUGUGCUCCCUGCUUCACUAGUUCGUGUUGUUUAACAUGCGGUUCUGGGGGUGGAUAAUCACUUUUAGCACAUGUCACACGAAAAGAAAUUAGUCAAGAUGAAAGUUAAAUCCAUUAAAAAAUCAGACUUUGCUGAUUUUUGUUGGAAGGGAGGACCAGACCCCAAAUCAGCAUGGUUAUCUUGUGGCAUGAAACCUGUUCGUACAUGGUAAAUUUCUAACAUCAUGAGCAACCCCAAGUCCUUAAUUCUCAUCAUUAAACACGCCCUUAAAAUUUUGCUGGAAGUUGUAUUUCAAGAACAAUAUUUUUUAGGAAAACCUUCGCAGUAUAAAAAGCCCUAAACAAAACAACUUUUUAUAAUCUACAGGGAACAGGGAAUUUUCUUCACUUCCUCAAAGAUCUUUUGUGAUCCCAUGUUGUCUCUAAGAAAUAAAAACACAGCAUUCGUCCAGGUCGAUGAAAAGACUGUUAUGUACAUCAACUUACUACAGAUACAGUCAUCAAUAAAACUAUUUCAUGUGACUUACAGGGAAAUGACCCAAAUACUAAUUUCAAAAGUUAAAUAAUCAGAAUAAGAUCCUAAAGUCACGUCUUUAUUUCUGUUCUGUAAUUAUAUAAGUCUGAGGCUCAUACGGGAAUGAUCUGAUUUGGUCCUCAAACACUUUUGCCAUAUCAGCUUAUCACAUAAUGUCCUACAUGUCGUCUUUACAAAAUUGUCUAAGUGAGUUAACUUCUCUCUCUCUCUCUCUCUCUCUCUCUCUCUCUCUCUCUCUCUCUCAUCUCUGGAAAUUUUUAUUGCUCAUGACCAAAAGUGGGCUCAUAAGGGAAGUGUCUUGUGGUCUGUUGUGGUUAAAUUUGUAAUACACCUUUAAAGGGACAUUACUCAAGCUCCUCAGAUGAUCUUCUUUGUGGGAAGCUUUUGUCUCUUUUAUUAAUAUAUCGUUGUGAUAGUUGGGAAACUACAGAUUACCAAAUAUCUUUUUGUUUCCCUUUUUUCUGUCCAGGAUUGGUUGAGCAGGUAUGGCUACCUCCCUGCCCCCGACCCACGCACAAGUAAACUGCAAUCCAAAGAGGGACUUGAGAAGGCUAUCCGUGUGAUGCAAAGAUUUGGUGGGGUCGCAGAGACUGGAGAGCUUGGUAACAAACUCCUAUACUGACCUUUUUAAAAAUUAAUAUAUUAUAGAUUUUAAAUAAGAUCUCAAACAUCCUUUCUUUUGAUUUUGACUGUGUGAUCAACUUAACACCCAGACAGUGAAACCAUCAAACUCAUGUCCAUGCCCCGAUGCUCUCUGCCUGAUAUUGUGGGGAGUGAGGACAUGCUGAGGAGGAAGAGGAGGAGGAAGAGAUACGCACUGUCAGGCCUCAAGUGGCAUAAGACAGACCUCACAUGGAGGUGUGUUUCCCGUCAUGCUUCAUUGUGGCUCUGGUCUUUAUGAAUCAUACAGUUAUAUUUGUCACAGGUUGGGUUUCUGAAGAAGUAUGCUCUAUUUUUACAAAGUCACUUAAGCUUUUCAUUCAUUUUAUUUUUGAUUGCAAACCUGUCCUAUUAAGAAGGUUUUGGACAGCAGUGAAAUGUUGUAGGACAAGGAAUAAUAAUUGUUAGCUAUAUGAAAAUCUGUUUAUAUCACGGAAAUUUAAGGUUUUAAACAACUGGUCAAAAAGUGUAACAGAUAUAAAACAAAUAGACAAAAAAACCACACAAACUAACAAAUUCCAGGCAAGAACAGUAAACUGUUUUUUCAGAAUAAUUAAAUCUGAUCUAUUCUUGUCCGCAGCGUCCACAGCUACCCAUCAACCUCCCUCUCACCCACCCUGACUAGAAGUACGGUGGAAACCAUCCUGUCUCAUGCCCUCAAAGCCUGGAGUGAUGCGGCCCCCUUGAGAUUCAGACAACUUGCUGUUGACAGCAGGGGGGCGGGUCCUGGAGGGGACAUCAGAGUGUCUUUUUCCCGCUCAAUGCACAACGAUGGAUACCCUUUUGACGGGAAGGGUGGCACCCUUGCCCACGCAUUCUUCCCCACCAGGGAUGAAGUGGCUGGUGACACUCACUUUGAUGAUGAUGAGAUCUGGAGCUAUGGAGGUAUUUCUUCAAAGGAAUCAUUAUGUGUAGAUAACCUGUUACUGAUCAUACUAAUAACAAACAAACAAACUGUAAUGCUCAAGUGACCCACAGAGUAAUUAUAAGGCAUAAUGAAUCUGCUUACCCGGCCACAUCAGGCCUGUCAAUCACACUCUGUUCAUGUGAUCCAGUAGCUCACACUUAUACUUCACACUUCUUUAGGUGAUGACAGCAGCACAGACUUAUUCACAGUUGCAGUGCAUGAAUUUGGCCAUGCACUUGGCCUGUCCCAUUCCUCCUCUGAUCCAUCCAUCAUGAGGCCGUACUACCAGGGCCCAGUGGGAAAAAUCCAAAACUACAAGCUGGAUCGGGACGACCAACUCGCCAUUCAGCAGCUAUACGGUGAGGGAGCAAAUGUCACCUAAUGUAAAGAAGUUGUUUAUGUACUAUUUGUUUAUGUCCUUUUUUUGUCCAUGUCCUGGUUUACAGAUUUGUGUCUCCUACCUGUAAUUGCUUCUCUUUAGUUUUUUCCUGUCUGUUUCAAGCACUGCAUAGGAAAUUAAGCUGUCACUCAAACAACAAACAGCGUACUAAUCAUGGCAAUGUGCUCAUAGCUGUAUGCAAAAGAUAGACAUGUUCAUCAUUAUAAGGCUGUUGUUCACAACUGUAAAAGACAAGUAUAAUAUUUGGAUUUGUCCAUUAUGUUGACAAGAAGAAAGCCAAAGUACAACUUGCUGAUUGUUUGCCUCCAGCUUAGCCCUGCCCACCAAAAAAACGUGACUUAUUGAUACUACAAAGGGUCUGAAGAGCCCCCUUAGAAAAAUGUCCAGCAUGUUUAAACUUCAGCAUUGGUACAAACAUCAGUUAAGCUCAUUUCUGCACUAAUGACUUCAGAAGUGUUUUUUAUUUUAUUUUUUUUAAACAUAGCUCACCUUUCAAAAUAAGGGGGAACGCUUUCAGUUAAGCAAUAGGCAAUCUCUGGUCCCUCUCGUCUGUGUCCCUCCAGGUAAUCCGGUUAACUUAAAUCUAUUGGGCUCAACCAGUUUUUUCCUUAUAUGGUCAUUUCCUGAGCCCCUCCUGUGAGCCAAACUUGAGUUCACAAACCAGUGGCUGAUGUCACCACUAACUAACUUUGAGCUGAUGAUGACUCUAAAGGAAGAGGCUAGGUCAUUUGACGAAGAAACCGCAACUGUCUGUACAAGAUUUUGCUGCAAGAGCUCAGAGGUUCUUGAAAAGUUUAUAUUUGGGUCAGUGGUAAAGCGAUUAACCACCAGGCUGACCAAAGUUGCCACUCUGGGCAACUCACACGGCCAAAAAUAUUUCUCAGUUCCUGCCUGGUCCCUGUCUGAUCUUGUCUAGAUUUGUUAGCCUUUUUAAUCAUGUCAAUGUGAUCACUGGUUUUGACGUAGGGUUUCAGUGUCAUUUCCUCAAAAAUGGAGAAGUGGCUGAGAAAUGCUUUACAUAUUAUUUGAAAGAUACUAGAGCUCAAUAAAACACUCAGCUAAUGAUAUCAAAACAUGGAAACACAAGCCAAGAGCACAAUCAUACAUUCAUUGAUACUGGGGGUCUAUUUUGUAUAAAGGUGCAUUAGGGCUCUUGGGUUUUUCACCAGCUUCCUUCCUUCCUCCCUCCUCUGUGCGUUAAAAACACAGCGUUUGCAUCCUGUGUGUCAUCCCCCAGGCUGCUGGGGGAAAAGUUGGUUGCUUGCACAAUUUUCCUGCUGUCAUCAGCUUUCACAGCCUCUUUAACAUCGUCUGCUGUCACUACCCUGUUGUAGGUGUGAAGGUUGGUGGGCCACCAGGUGGUGUGGAUCCUGACCUCCCACAUCUGCCUAGUCCUCCUCCUCCCAGACCAACGCAGCAGUGAGUAGAGCCUGAGGAAACAAUAAAAUCCACUAUACAGACACUCAGACAUUAAGCCUUCAACAUAUGCAUUAACAAACUAUGAAUAUCCUCUCCGUGCGCUCAGUUUACCCCUGGGCAAAGGAAUGAUGAAAAGUAAUUUAAAACCACUGGUUGAGGAUAAAAGCCCUCUGAUCGAUCUUAAGUGGAGGUGUCUUUUGUCUUACUGCACCCUCUAGUGACUUUUUUUCAAACUACAUCUUGUAAAAUGUAAAAUUUCACUCAAGUUUUCCCUCCUCAGAUCUGACCCCUCCUUUCAGGAGCGCUGCCAAGGAGGCUUUGAUGCGGUGGCAAACAUUCGAGGAGAGGUCUUCUUCUUUAAAGGUAUGGACGAACUAUCUUACAAAAUCUACUGAAACAUUUCAAUUACUCUUUAACUUUUUGAGCAAUUUUAUAGUUUUCUUAUCAUGUUUCUACCCUCUUCUGUUCUAGGGCCACACUUCUGGAGGACUCAGCAAGACAGGUCUUUGGUGUCCCUGUACCCAGCUUUGAUCAAAAACUUCUGGAUGGGCCUCCCUUCAGGAAUAAACAAGAUAGACGCUGUGUAUGAGAGGAAGAGUGAUAACUCUAUUGUCUUCUUCAGCGGUAAGCAAUGAAAGGUUUGCAUUAGUGGAUCUAGAUCUGAUCAAACUGACUUAGAUUGAAAGACCCUAAAACAUGAGUAGGGUAUUAUUUAAAUGAGCACAGUGUUGCAUUUCUUUUUUGUUGUUUUCUUUUUGUUGUUGAAUUGUAUUUAGCUACAACUUUUUACACAGGUAUUUUUAUGCACAAUUUUUGAGCCUAAUUUAAGGGGCCUGUAUGCCACCAAUAGACAAGAUCGGUCUAAACGCUUGAUGUCCUGGCUGAACCUUUAGUACAGAGAAAGAAAACAAGAGAGGCUUAAACCCUGAAAUACAAUCACUCAGUUGAUCAGAUUUCUUCUAAAGGCAAAAGUCAUGUUGAAUUGUUGAAUCCUUGUUCCAACUUAGCAUAAAUAAAUUCAGAACUGUUUCCUUCCUCCUGUAUGUCCAGGGUCUCAGUACUGGGUCUUCAAGGACACACAGGCUAUGAGGGGUUACCCUCGACCUCUUUCUGACUGGGGCAUGAAGACAAGAAGUGGGAAGGACGUAAAAAGCGUGGACGCCGCCUUCGUCUGGGCCCAUAACGGCAAAACAUACCUGUUCAGUGGAGGGGAGUUUUGGAGGUAUGACGAGAGCCGUAAGGACACACAGGAGCCAAGGCAGCCUGAUUCGGGAUACCCUCGUGGCAACAGCCUAUGGGAAGGAGUGCCCCCAGAUAUGGAUGAUGUCAUUAGCUGGGGAGAAGGUAACUUUGUGUUCAGAGGCAUAAAUAUGAGAUUAGGAUCUGAUCUAAGCUUAAGAUAAAUAAACAAAACAGUGGAGAAGGUUAAUUUGGGUGACAACAUUUUUUCAGUGGUCAUGCUCAACCGGCUGUGAGGUAUGAAGGUUAUCAAAAUAGUGGCGAGAACGCCUCAAAGUCAAAAUAGUAACAUCAUGAUUCAAGUAUGUGGCCUGAUAACAUCUCGCAAAGUGUCACAUGUAACAAACAGUCUUGAGUAUACUUGGGGAUUUCUUCAGCAAUGUAGACAUGAGGCAGAGUUACACAUAAAAUCAAUCAAGCUGUUGGAAAAAUACUGAAAUGGAAAUGUUAGUUCUUGCUGCAGAGUUACAAGUAUUCUUGUAGCACUUGUUCAAAAAAAAAGUUUACAAGUGCUUUGACAAACAGGGAGGUAGAGCAAGCAUUGAAACAAAGCACAAGAACCCAACAUCCAGAGAGCUUGCUUCGUGUUGUACCGCUGUUUUCAGCCAGAGUUUAUGAUUAACUCAGAUGUGGGGAAACUGAUGGUUAGUUAUCAUUUACUAUUUAAGAACAGAUUUGUGACAAAAAUACAGGAGAAAGUCAUAACACACUUGGACUUCACAAACCCUUUUUGACAGGUUAUGAAACAGACUGAAAUGAACAUUUAUGUGGUUUUAUGAUGAUCAAAUACAAAUUAAAACUCAUGUGUUGUCAUUUUUGAUGCCUAUAACUGCUAUAAGGGGUGAUGUUAGAGAGCUAAUGCUUAAAAUAGAGGAAAAUAAAACAUUUAAAGUAAACGUCUCUACUUUAGUUCCCUAGAGGCCAUUAUACUUAGGUUUUUAAAGAGUGGUGAAAAAGUAAGGGAAUAUUAACGACACUACUUUUAUGUUUUAGGUGAUGCUUAUUUCUUUAAGGACAACCUCUACUGGGUGCUGACUAAUGGACGACUGCACCAAGGUGAAAUCGUUCCCAAAUCCACUGCAGUGGAGUGGCUCAAAUGUCCUGCUGCCUCCACUGCAGCUCCUAAGGUACCCAAGGAAUGUAGCUGUGACUUGAAGGGACUGUCUUCAUUUGUAAGAGGCAGCUGGCUACUCCUGAUCUCCGCUUUAUUUAUGACUAAUGUGUUUAUGUAAAAAAAAAAAAAAAAAAGCUCAACUGGACUUAAAAAUCAAGCAUCCACAGCCUUUAUUGUUUUUUUUUCGCCAUCUCCUCAAGCCGCUGAAGGGAAUCAAGCUCUUCACAUACGCAAGCCAGUUUUGAAUUUCAAACCAGUCUCAUAAAAGCACACGUUAUCUCUGCCUUUUGCUUGGACUUAUAGUCUAUUUUACUGAAAACACGUUUUCUUCUCAGAAAUUACUGUUGACCUGUGAAAACAAUACAUUUACAUCCUCCCACCCUCCUGCUAUGGUUUUGAACUCCUCCUUUUGUAUCAGGUUGCAUGGAGUCUUUGGAGGAUAAUGCACUGAAAUUCAACACAGAAACACGGGCUACUCUUUCAUAAGAUCUCACAAAACCAUUUAAGUGGUGACACAAACAUGAUUUAGUGCAAUAGCAAAGUUUUUUAACCAGAGCUGAGUCUUUUUAUAUCACAGACAAUAUGAGUUUAUGACAUAUUUUCUUUUAAAUUUAAAUUAAUUAAUGAUUCAAUGUAAAAAUCUUUUAACCUUUAACUUGACUCAAACACUUGGUCGUAAUAUCAUGGUUAACAGUAUUCUCUCUGACUUCGAUGCAUUUCAGUUCAAAGUGAUCAAUCUUUGCUUGGUAUGAGUUCAAAGCAUGGUUUGACAGCAGCUAAUCAGUCACUAGUGGUAACCGGAGAAAAAGACAAGUGGGAAACAGGUUGGAAACCUCAAACGCUGCAGUUCAGGAAAGAAUCGCAUGACUGAGAGACAGAGAGUAGAUAAAUACACUAGGGAACAGGUGUGCUGGUGGAGGACAGAACCAGUUCACUGUGAUUAGAACAGAGCUCGACUGAUAUAUUUUUUCAUGUUGAUAUGGACCCAUCAAAGUUAUAUUAGCACGUAUCCUUUUUCGAAGACCAUAAAAUGCAGAUGUGUACAGUCACAUUGCUUGCUAGCACUGUCUGCAGGACAUGUAGCCAACAUUUGCUCAAAAUCAUCCAUCCGAAUCAUCCGAAAGUCAUUUAAUCUUUCUCAUGAAGCUCAAGUUUUUGGCAACUCAGCUUCCACAGAGUUGUUUUCUUAGUAUUUGACCUUCAAAAACAAUAUGGUCUAAAAAGUGGGUAUAGUUCAGGCUCCAUAAGGACCGUUUUUUUAAUGGCAGUUUGCCAAAAAUACAAAUAAUUGAAAAAAGAACAACAUCAUUGUAAAAAUUAGACUCAGUUUGCCCAGAAUGAUUUGUGUGGAUUACAGGUUGUCAGAUGGAUGAUGAUCUUGUUGUAUCUAUAAGUACUUUGGUUCACUAAAGUACAAUCAAUUGGAUGAACUACUUUACUGCGGCUGCAGGUGUCUCUUAAGUGCACAGAUAUCAAGAGAUGUCUCAGUGAGGACAAAGAAGAAAAACAUAUAGGGGUAAAUGAGAAGAUCAGAUUAUAAUGUAUGAAUUAAAUGUAAUGAAAGUGGUCUCAUGUUCGUAGCAGGCAGCAUGUUUGAUGGCUGAAAUAUUUUUUCUUCAUUUUUUAGUUUUUCUUUGCACUGAUGGGAGCUGCUAAUAUUAGACUUGACCAAUUACUUUCUCUCUCUUUCAUAGUUAAGAUCAGAUGUAAUAAUUCUAAAGGUUUGUACUUUAUGAUGUCAGGUCUGUCUGCAAGAAAUAAAUCAAUACAGUGAAUUGACUCUUA